UGUCCCUCUUAUUCCUUCUUUCUUCUGAAGUGCAAAUACGACUUUUGCUGGAUAUGCUUAGAAGAAUGGAAGAAGCACAGCUCUUCCACUGGAGGCUAUUACAGAUGCACUCGCUAUGAGGUGAUUCAACAUGUAGAGGAGCAGUCCAAGGAGAUGACAGUAGAGGCUGAAAAGAAGCAUAGAAGAUUUCAAGAGCUUGAUAGGUUUAUGCAUUAUUACACAAGAUUUAAGAAUCAUGAACUUAGCUACCAGUUAGAACAGCGCCUUCUGAAAACAGCCAAAGAAAAGAUGGAGCAGCUGAGUAGAGCUCUCAGUGGCACUGAGGGAGGCUGUCCUGAUACCACAUUCAUUGAAGAUGCAGUACAAGAGCUUCUAAAAACUCGCCGGAUUCUUAAGUGUUCUUAUCCAUAUGGAUUCUUUUUGGAGCCUAAAAGCACAAAGAAAGAAAUAUUUGAACUUAUGCAGACAGACCUGGAAAUGGUCACUGAAGACCUUGCACAGAAAGUGAACAGGCCUUACCUUCGGACCCCUCGCCAUAAAAUAAUCCGUGCAGCUUGCCUGGUGCAGCAGAAGCGGCAAGAGUUCCUGGCCUCGGUGGCCCGUGGGGUUGCUCCUGCCGACUCGCCAGAAGCCCCCAGGCGCAGCUUUGCUGGUGGAACAUGGGAUUGGGAAUAUUUAGGAUUUGCAUCCCCUGAGGAAUAUGCUGAAUUUCAGUAUCGGAGGAGGCACAGACAGCGUCGACGCGGAGAUAUGCACAGUCUGCUGAGUAAUACCCCGGAUCCGGAUGACCCCAGUGAGAGUACAGUCGACACUCAGGAAGGUGGCAGUAGUAGAAGACAUGGCACCUCCAUGGUGAGUUCAGCUUCUAUGGGUAUUCUGCACAGCUCUUCACUUCAUGACUAUACCCCUGUCAGUCGCUCUGAAAACCAGGAUUCUCUUCAGGCUCUGAGUUCUCUGGAUGAAGACGACCCAAACAUCCUACUAGCUAUUCAGUUGUCAUUACAAGAAUCUGGCUUGGCCAUAGAUGAAGAAACUAGAGACUUUCUAAAUAACGAGGCAUCUUUAGGAGCAAUAGGUACCUCUUUGCCCACAAGACUGGACUCUGCUCCCAUAAGUAUAGAUAAUCCACGAGGCGCUUUGAGCAGCUCUGAGCUGUUAGAACUUGGUGACAGUCUCAUGAGACUGGGUGCAGGCAGCGAUCCCUUCUCGGCCGACCGUCUCCAUUCGCACCCCUGCAGCGAUACAAGAGGUGGAUUAUACUCAACAUCUAGUGACGCUGACUCCAGCAGCCAAGACCCCAAUACCAGUGAAAAUCUCCUCGGAAAUAUUAUGGCCUGGUUUCAUGACAUGAACCCACAGAGUAUUGCUCUGAUCCCCUCAACGAGUACGGAAACAGAUGAGGAUUCACAGCAACCCAGUGCUGAGGAUGGGUCUGCAGGGCAGCCAGACCUGGGCACGGGGCUGGAGCCGCAGGAGGAGCACGCACUGUUUGAGGACGCGCUCAAAAACGAGGGCAGAGGAACCCAGACAGAGGAAGGCGCUUCUGAGGAAAACAUGGCUCCAGGUGAGGCGGUAUCACAAAGCGGUGGCGAUAGCAGGGAGGUCACGAGCACCCUGGAUGCCUCAGGAGACACUUCAAGCCAGACUCCUCAAACCGCAAGUGAAUGGAUUGAACACGUGCACCUGGUGUGAACGAGAAGGACGUCUGGAGUGCGUGAAAGGCGGCGACAGAGGGUACAGUGUGUGGCGUGAGCGCCACGGAGGCUUUGUUCCACUUAAUUACAGCUCCGCUGUAACCGCCGACGUAACGACGGAUAUUUAGGGGUUCUCUUGAAUUGUAGUUCUUUAUGAUAAUGUGAACCUUUCAAGGAAUAUCCUUCUCAUUUAAUUAGGUAGUACUUGCCUCUUUGCUCUUGAGAAAAAGGAAUAACUAGGUUGUAUUCCACAUUCCUAAUACAAUGCAGCAUCUGUUUAGCCUUAGGUUGGUGAUCCUUAACUUGAAAGUACAGAUUAAAGGCUGACACUGAUUACUUUGGUUGGUUUUCCUAAGAAAUAGUUUAUUCCAUUUUUUCGAACUGAUUCUUUCACCAGAAUAACAUCUAGCAAUUCAUUUGCAUUUUGGUUUUGUUCUCCAUGACUUUUCCUUACUUGUUUUUCAUUUUUGUUAGCAGUGUGAGCGGAGGUAUUUAAUGCUUCUCUUUAGUACUGCUCCAGGAACAAGUUUUAGGGGAUAUUCUUUCCCACUAAAAUCAAAGAUUUUUUCAUGUCUAUUUACAGUCCAAAUGUGCCAAACUGUGAAUAGUUAGCUGGCAGUAGCCUAACGAAACAGCGCAGUGUUACUCUCGCAGACUAAUCCCACAGUUCUUAGCAGUGAAAGAAACCACUGGGUAGCAUUGCUUCUCUAAAUUUAACUGGCAUGUGUUGCCAUGGUGACUGCAUUUAAUUAAAUGUAGCCUGUAUCUUAAGUUAAUGAAACCUAAUGCUGCUGUUAAACAGUUAUUUUAAAUAUUAAAAUACAGUGAGUUAGCAACAGCUAUGCUGUAUUUUAAGAGACACUUUAAUGGAAGUGCAAUCAUAGUUCUUUGUUUUCAUGAUUCUACAAAGCAUUCUAUGCACUGACAGUGCAAUUACUUUUAAUGAUAACAUUUUAUAAAAACGUAGGAAUACAGACUUUUCGUAUAUUAGCCAGUCCCACAUUUAAAGUUCGGAUAACACAUUCUGCUCAACAUGUUACGGUGCCUUUGCCUAACCCAACUGGAUAGUUGCCACAGUUAAACAAAUAAUUCAAAUUCAGUGUCUGUUCUGGACUAUGCUAUUAAUUGCAAAGACCUCCAUAAAACCACCCAUGGCCUUGCCUUUACAGUAAAUAACUAAAUGUUCAGUCGGUGUUUUUUGCAUAAACAAGACACUGCUAGGUAUUUGUUCAAUUGCACAAUAUUCAUUUGCUGUGUGUUACUGUUUAGUGUUAAAAAAUAAAAAAGUUUAAAAAACCCAGAACACAAAACCCCCUUUUCCUAGUUGUUGUACCGUGAAAAAAAAAUACUGGUUUUAGAUUUGCUUAAAAGCAUCAAUCUACAGUUAGUGAGAUACAAUGGUACAGUAUGUAAUUACAACUAGAGUAAGUUGUUCAAAUGGCUGUUUCAAUUACAUAUAAUCAAAACUUGUCAUAACACAAGCAAAUUAUGUACACUCCAUUUUAAGUUUUGCCUAACUGUUACCAGAGAUUUGUUGAUAUGAUAUAACAGUUUAUUACUACUGAGUGUGUAUAGGCAAGUGUCAUGAUAGCAAAGUUUAUGUAUUGAUUCCUGUGAGUUCAAGU